AUGUCUCUGGCUGCUCAGUCUAUGCCCGUCAGGGAACCCUCACAUUCCAACACCCGCCAGGACGGUGUCACCUCCCAGCAAUCGCAGAGGACCUCUUAUAGAGAUUCGCUUCCCAACGCCCCGCGCCCGCCCGUAUACAAUGACGAGACCUUCAACGAGAACGAGACGGAAAAGAUGUACGGCGACUACUACGCCGAAAUGACGGGCCCUUCCCCCAAGAAGAAGCAGCCCCCGCAACAGAACCCACCCGCCCUACCAGCCAAGAGCUCCUUGAGGGCUUCCAGGCUCCUCGAAAGCAUGGCUCUCAAGAUCAUCACCAACCAACCCGCACAGUCUGCCCCCCAAGACAUCUACCUCUCCUCCGAGGAGGAGGCUUCCUCUUCCGCCGACGAGUUUUCCGACUACGACUACGAGUCGGAGAGCGCAGAGUCGGCCGACUCGCCCAUUCGCAAGAGCCACGAGGACACGGCACGCGUCGUGUCUGUCAUCUAUUCCGGAAAGCCUUCCAUUAUCGACCUCCCCUCCACCAGAAGAUCGCCAACCCCCGAGUCGGUCGAUUCCCGUUCCCUGAGCCGCCUGGCCAUCCCAACAGAACCCGCGCUGCGAAGGAUGUCGACAUCGCCCGCCACCGGAGCCCCCUACUCUCCCGUCAACCACCCGCCUAGGUCCAGCAGCAUGAUGAUCACCGCCAGCAUGUUUCCCAAGGAGAGGCCUGCCUUCCUCAAUGUCGACCCCUACGCCAGCAAGCCCCUCGACGAGCGGGUGGGGGAGCGUCAGUUGGACGCUGAGCGGCCCGAGAGGCCCAAGACCCCCACCUCGCAGCUCUUCAAGAGGACACUGAGCAUCGUCCGGAAGCGCAGUCGCCCCCAGCUUAGAGACCUGCCCGCCAACAACUCUUCGCGGGACCAACUGUCACUGCCCGCCGACGCGACGGACGCUAGGGAAGAGGCGCCGGAGAAGGUUCCCAGCAGCCCCUGGCCCUCUGUCAGCUACCACGAUAUCAUGCGCGCAGCCAAGAAGAACGCGCAGAACCAGCCCCCAACCCCAUCCACUCCUACCGUGGUAUCGCCCAGCUCGCCUGCGGGCAAUACGAGGAGUCGGAUCCUCAGCGGGUUCGCCAACAAGAGGAAGAGUAUGAGAAUGGGCUAG